GUCAAAUUCUUCACCCUUCUGCAGCUUUUCCACCUUCAAUUGGAAUGCUUUCGGUCUACGACGUGUAAUGCUAUACCCCUCGGUACUUUGGUCCCUCAUCAACAUUUUUGGGCCAACCAUGACCUGAAAAAUCAAUGAUGAUCUCGGUCCCUUCAUUGUUGAUUUCUCGCUUUACCAGUGCACCCCUAUUAGGUUCAGAAAAGAUGCUGGUACAGCUAUUCGCUCAAGGCUUGGUUCUGUCCCCCGACGUCUGCCCGGCCACCAAGUCCAGUUAAGGACGAACCCACACUCUUUUAUAUCUAAAUCAUUCGUCCCUAUUAGCUAUGCUUCAAGUCGCGUCGCUUGCGUUGGUGAUCUUGCCAAUAGUAUCCGCCAUAGAUCCCUUUGCACUCUCACCAGGCUUUGACAUCGUUUCGGUCACAGCUCUGGCAGAGUCGCUGCCUUCGCACUCCUGGGAAUUCGGUACCGCUUCGGAAGCGCUUCUUGAGCUUUACAACCCAGAGUUGUCCGUCUAUGGGUUUUUUCCCUUACCGGCACAACGGUAUCCGUCUUCAUCUGUAAAAGCGCUCUCAUACGCCGAAGACAAAAUCGUGUUUGGGGAGGGCGUUAAUGGAUUGAGCGACGGGGACGGCGCAGUUGGCGACCCGGCGAGCUUGGGUGUAUUCGCUUGGCUGAUUGGUAAGACGGACGAAGCCUAUGCGGAUCGAGCUCGGGAAGAAAUAGAAUAUAUGCUUGAGCAGGUGCCGAGGUGGGAAAAUGGUGCUAUUAGUCAGAGAGUGGAUGUCCCUGAACUGUGGGCUGACUUCAUAUACAUGGCGCCUCCCUUCAUCGCGUAUUAUGCCGCCGAUACAUGGAAUGUAACACUUCUCCACGAAUCGUACCAGCAGUGUGGGUAUUACCGUGAAGUACUUCAAGCUACCAAUAUCUCUAGUGAGCCUUACGAUGGCGUAUGGAUGCACAUCAUCGGUCCGCAGAACCAGGAUAUCGGGUUGUGGAGCACUGGAAAUGGCUGGGCAGCUGAGGGAAUGACUCGCGUCCUGGCUACUAUCAUGAAAGCACCCGUAGCUUUACUCGCUUCGUGGCGCCAAGAAGCCAUAGAUGACCUGACAGAGUGGAUCAAGGAAAUUGUCGACGGCGUUAUUGGAUCUCCAACCACCCAAGGACUGGCCCGGAACUACCUCGACGACGUAUGGAGAGACGGUCAUGGGUUUGGGGAGAUCAGUGGUACAUCGCUGAUUGCUUCCGUUAUCUAUCGUAUGGCCGUCCUAUGCCCUGAUGUGUUUGAUCAAUCGUAUAUCUCGUGGGCUGACGGGGUUCGUGCGACUCUUGGGAAGAACGAUAACGAGGGGAAUCCGCAUGUAACUGCCAAUGGGACCGUCACACCUGCUGUUAAUCCACUGGGAUGGCUGGACACUGCGCCAUGGACGGCUGGAAGCCCUGAGGGGCAGUGUUUUGUGGUGCUCAUGUAUGCUGCUUGGAGGGACUGUGUCUAUGAAGGCAAAUGCAAGUGCGAUGGAGAUGCAGGUGGUUGGAAUCAUAGGAAGCGGGGCUGGGGAAGAUCAUGCAUCUGAUUGGAUACAAGUUUAAUCGUUCACGUGUAUUGUGCUAUAUUCUUAUUUUUCUGCCUUCGGUGGUAGACAGUAAGACUGUAACGUCAAGGCACGCAUAUUUAUUAGCCUUAUCUCAUUUUCUUCCCCGACAGCUGCCA